CAGUCAACUUUCCAUGCUGCUGGCCGUCCAGCGGACUCCGUCUGCGGGAGGUUCGUCUGGACCGUGUCCGCCUCAGCUCGCGCGCUCCGGUUCUCCACCCUCAGCUGGCUCUCCGGGUUCAGGAGGGGAGCUGGCCCGGCUCUGCCGCGCGCAUGGAGGGGGACGUUAUGGACAAGGUGGAGGCCACGGCCACGGUCUGUGACUUCGACCCCAUGAGUGGGAGCAUCCCUGCCACCAAGGUGGAGAUCACCGUGUCCUGCAGGAAUCUUUUGGACAAGGACACAUUCUCCAAAUCAGACCCAUUGGUCGUGUUAUACACCCAGGGUGCAGAGUCCAAACAGUGGAGAGAGUUUGGGAGAACAGAGGUGAUAGACAACACGCUAAACCCAGACUUUGUCAGGAAGUACAUCCUGGACUACUUCUUUGAGGAGAAGCAGAACCUGCGCUUUGACGUGUAUGAUAUUGAUUCUAAAAGUCCAGACCUGGCAAAACAUCCCAACGACUUUAACGACUUCCUGGGACAGGUCUUCUGCACACUGGGAGAAAUUGUGGGCUCACCUGCCAGUCGAUUGGAGAAACCAUUAGUGGGCAUACCUGGGAAGACGUGUGGAACCAUAAUCCUGUCAGCAGAGGAGCUGGGAAACUGCAGGGAUUACGCCUCCAUGCAGUUCUGUGCCAACAAACUGGAUAAAAAGGACUUCUUUGGAAAGUCGGACCCCUUCAUGGUUUUUUAUAGAAGUAACGAGGACGGCACGUUCACCAUCUGUCACAAGACUGAGGUGGUGAAGAACACUUUGAACCCUGUGUGGGAACCCUUUUCCAUUCCUGUCAGAGCACUUUGCAAUGGAGACUAUGACAGGGCAAUCAAGAUAGAAGUGUAUGACUGGGACAGAGAUGGGAGCCACGACUUCAUUGGUGAAUUCACCACGAGCUACAAAGAGCUAUGCAGGGGCCAGAGCCAGCUAAACAUGCACGAGGUGGUGAAUCCCAAGAAGAAGCUAAAGAAAAAGAGAUACAUUAACUCUGGCACGGUGUCCUUAUUGUCAUUCAACGUAGAGUCUGAGCACACGUUCCUCGAUUACAUCAAAGGAGGGACUCAGAUUCACUUCACAGUGGCCAUUGAUUUCACGGCAUCAAACGGAAAUCCAUCGCAGUCCACUUCACUGCACUACAUGAACCCUUAUCAGAUGAAUGCCUAUGCCAUGGCUCUGAAGGCUGUUGGAGAGAUCAUCCAGGACUAUGACAGUGAUAAGAUGUUCCCUGCCCUGGGAUUUGGUGCUAAGCUACCGCCUGACUGGAGGGUAUCCCAUGAGUUCCCACUGAAUGGCAACGUUGAGAACCCGUACUGUAACGGUAUAGAUGGGAUUCUUGAGGCUUAUCACCAAAGCCUUAAGACAGUUCAGCUGUAUGGACCCACCAACUUCGCUCCCAUUGUUAAUCACGUGGCAAAGUAUGCAGAAGCAGUUCAGGAUGGAUCCCAGUACUUCGUCCUGCUCAUCAUCACUGAUGGAGUCAUCUCAGACAUGGCUCAGACCAAGGAGGCCAUUGUGAACGCAGCCAAACUUCCCAUGUCCAUCAUCAUAGUUGGAGUGGGCCAAGCUGAGUUUGAUGCCAUGGUUGAACUGGACGGUGAUGACGUCAGAAUCUCCUCCAGGGGAAAACUGGCAGAAAGAGACAUUGUACAGUUUGUACCGUUCAGAGACUACAUGGACCGCACCGGUAACCACGUGCUCAGCAUGGCGCGGCUAGCUAAAGACGUUCUGGCGGAAAUCCCUGAGCAGCUGAUCUCCUACAUGAAGAGCAGAGCCAUCAAACCCAGCCCUGUCCCUCCAGCUUACUCAACGUGUGCACCCCCUGAGACAGAAUCCGUCUGAGUGUCCCCCCACCACCACAAGUACAGGCCAUUAAU